AUGCAGAGGAAUACAGCGGCGGAUCUUAUUGGUGUAAUCUGGUGUCACUGCAAGGACACACAGAAGUGCUUGUUAAAACAAUCCAUUACAUCCCGGCGGGGCGGUGGUUUGAGGGUGCUGAUUGCUCCGCCCGCUCGGGAUGUUUGGUUGUUCUCCGUAAUCAAACACAAAGGAGUGUUGAAGUGUGAAAAGCGCGUGUCGGCUCUAUUCGCAGCAUUUAAACAUUACUUAGGAGAAGAGAGUUCAAACUCGACGCACAUAAAGGAGGUGCACAGCUGUCCAGAUACCUGCAGCAAGUGUUCAGGCCCAGAAAAUGACCAGUGUGAGGAAUGUAAAGCAGGAUGGACACUCCAUAAUAACACCUGUGUAGACGUUGAUGAGUGUGGCACGGAGCUGGGUAUCUGUCCUACAAACAGCUACUGCUUCAAUACAGAGGGUUCCUUUAAGUGCAGAGGCUGUGACCCGGCCUGUGUGGGCUGCAUGGGUAGCGGACCAGCACGCUGCAGGAAAUGUGCCUCUGGGUACACACUGACAGGGUCCAAGUGUUUGGAUAUAGAUGAAUGUAGUGACAGGGUACUUGCCUGUCAUGGUCUGGAUGAGAUUUGUACCAACACAGAAGGCUCCUUCCGCUGUGACUGUGCUGAAGGAUUCAUCCAUAGGGACGGCGUCUGUGUGAAGAAGCAGCAGCCUGGUGUUCAGGGAAAAGGUCUGUUUGAGGAUAUUCAGGAUGACGAGGUGGAGGUGUUGCAGCAGAUGAUGUUUGGGGUGGUGCUUUGCGCUCUGGCCACGCUGGCUGCUAAGGGGGAUUUGGUUUACACAUCUGUAUUCAUGGGAGCAGUGGCAGCCAUGGCAGGGUACUGGCUUUCUGACAGGGGAGACCGUUUGUUAGACAGCUUCUUAAAGGGACGUUAAAGCUCAAAACAACUUUACCAUUUAAUGUGACAUUGCUCAGCAAGGCCUAAAAUAAUCCCUGCUACUAUAAAAUGUCACACUUUAAACAACUGUCCAGCUGUAUCACUUUUCUGUAAUGAGCUGGAAGCGCUUUUUAUUGUUUUCAAGCAGCUAAUUAGUUCUGGCAUUUGGAGCCAUCAACAACAAUGGUGUCAAUUGUAGCUUGAAUGAAGAAGAAUUUACAGCUUGCUUGAAUAUGUUUGCAGAAACCAUGUACUGUAUGAGAUUUGCUUCUUAUAUUGUAACAAUGGCACUGCAUAUGUAACAUGCACAUGUAUACUAUAUAGUAAUUACACAAUUAAUUAAUUAAAUAAUUUAAACAAAAUUAUUACUAAAUCACAUUAGUUGCCUGUAAUGAUCAGCUUCAGUAUGCGGUGCACAGAUCUUAUCAAGCAGAGAUAACUAAGGAUCUUAAGCUUCUGUAUGGAAGGGGCGGGAUCAUUUGAACUGUUCUGCGCUGAAACGAUGCAAAGGCUCAUGGGAAAGACAUGUUCUGAACAGUCAUUUCCCUAGUUAAAGUGUGUUUUUUUUUAUAAUGUUCUGUUUUUGUUGGUUGGGUGUGCAUUUAUUUUUAUAUCUGGGUUUUAGUUUUGUAUUGUUGAUUUAGGAUUCAUGUUUAUCUACAUUUAUUGUUCCAUGGUCGAGACCUGGGUAGGGACUGAUGGAGUCUGGGCAGCAAACAGAGAUUGGAAAUAAAUAAUUUCUGUCUCUAGAGCGAAUUGUUCUAUACAGCACAGGACAUCACAAAGGAAAAAAUAAAUAAAACAUAUAUAUAAAAAAAGUAUUUAUCUAGUAUUGGGAAGUGACCUAAUGAUCCAUUACGGUAAUGUUUCUUUGCAUGUUUAACUCAACCAGAAAAUAAAAAAAAUUUCAAAUGAUUUUUUUAGUAAUGAAUACAAAUGUAAACUUGAUUUGUCUACUGCAUCAACUUACUGCUCUAUGCUAAUACAACGUAACCCCUUAAAUUUCACCUUGUGUAAAAACUAAGACGGUUUGAGGUAACGGGUUUCCCCGCAAAUUUCUAGUGAAGUCAACUAAUUUGGGAUAACAGUGCUCAUUUUGUCUUAAGAAUAUAAAACACUGAAAUAAAAUUCCUGUGUCAACA